AUGAUCUUAGCAAAUUCAAAUUUAGAAAAUAAAAUCUAAUAAGAUGAAAUUUUUAUGAAUGAACUAUUAUUUCAAUAUAAGUAAUCCAUCUCCAAUUCAUUAGACUCUAUUAUGCAAUAGAUCGAUGAUCUAUUUACCAAAAUACCUUUGACUUCCUUAAGAUCUGAUAAUGAUCAAGAUUAAAUAAUUUCACUAACAGAAAAUUUACUCUAUCUAAUCAACGAUAUUGCGAUUCAUGAAAGUGAAUAAGUCGAAGUAAAUGGCUAAUAAUUUACUCUAAAUGGCUAAAAUUUAAAAUAUCAAAUAGCUAAAAUAACCAAACAUAUUUUUAAUUAAUAAUUAGGUCUGGAAAACGAUUUGAUGGAUAGCUUGAGAGUAUUUGUCUAAAAAGAACAGUUGGAAAUUCAUUUCAAUUAUUUAAAUAUCUCGAAAAAGCAUAUAGAUGAAUUAAAAAUAUUGUUGAAUUCAUCUCAAUUGGAAACUGAUCAACAAUGCUACUCAAAAACAAAAGUUUAAAACUAUCUUUACAAAAAAUCAUAUAUUAAUUAUGAAUAAUUUAAUACUAAUUAUGCUGUUGAUAUGACUCAAUACUUUUACUGCAAUGAAACAAAUUUACCUGCAUAUAAUUUCCAAUGUGUUUAGUAUUCUAAUAAUGGAUAACUCUAUUUGUGUGACAUAUUAAUUUAAGAAAAUAAUCUUAAACAGUAUAUUUAAGUUUCUUGUUAAUGUUAAUAUUUGGGAACUAUAUUUUUAACUACAUAAUUAAUUGAAUCAGAAAAUACAACAGAAACUUUCUCAUUUUCUCCUAUUUCGUAAAAUAGUGAUGCCAAUUGUGAUUUUCAUAAUUAACCUUUUCUAUUAUUUCAUGGUAUUUACAUAAUCUUUUCAAUAUUCAUGUAUUAUGAGUUGCAGAAACUAGAAUUGUUAAAGAGUAUUGAUUCAACUUCCUUCAAGAAGAUUUAUAAAUAGAAUGUCAUAAGAUUUUAUAAUUUUCAAAAUAUUUUAAGAAUUUAUAUAAAGUCUGUAAAAGUAAGAAUUAAAUUGCAUUAUUAGUUUAUUCAUGAAAUUAUUUGCUUAUUUUAUAGUGAGGACCAAACAAUUACAAGAAGUUAUCCGAUUCCUUAAGUUUUCUAUUUUUUUAAGUCUAUUAAUACCUUUAUCAUUUUUUUAAACUGUUUUUAUGGGAAAAGAGACUUUUACUAUUAUUUUUUUUCUUUCAAUUAUUUACUUUUGUUUUUUUUAAGAAUGAUCUUUAAGAUAUUUGAAGCAAUUUAUAGAUUUAAGGAACAUGCAAGUCCUUCCUAAUAAUAUCGUAUUUAGUCAUCCAUUUUUCAUCAUACUAUUUAUUACUUUAUCAAAUCAAGUAAAUAUUAAAUUUAUGUAGAAAUAAAUGCAACCCAGAGUUUAAUUAUAAUAUGUUAAUUUUAAUAGGAAACACAAUCAUAUUUAGUUAUGCAUUUUUAGAUCUAAUUUUGA